GUCUCUUACAAACAACAAUUUGACAGACUCCAUUCCCAGUGCCAUCUCUGUGCUCGUGCAGCUUGAUUAUCUGCAUAUACAUGGGAAUCGCUUGGGUGGAUCUAUUCCAUCCACUCUCAGCCGCUUGAUCAACCUGGUGAACCUGGAUCUCUCAUCCAAUUCCCUGAGUGGCCCCAUCUUCACCAACUUUGCCUUCCUUAGCGGCCUCACUUAUCUAAACCUUUUUGAUAACAAUCUCAGCGGGGAGAUUCCAGCUGAGAUUGGAAGCCUUACUUCAUUGAAGUACUUCAACCUCUCUGGCACCAACCUCACAUGCCCGCCUGACAACUCUACUUGUGGCGUAAAACAAUAUCGUAGAACAUCCUUUUGCCGCACGUGUAAAUCCUUCUGCAAUACUUGCACCAACCAAUCUGCAG